CUACCUUUACAAUUCCCUUUUACCCUUUUUGUUUUUAUGGUGUGAAUUCAACCACUAUAAGCCUAAAACCACCUAUUACAAUCCUCUCUACAUUCUCUCUAUCUACCAACCCUAUUCUUCUCAUUCUCCUCACAUUUUUAACAAUGCCCAACUCCGCCCACCCCAAUUCCGGCUGCUUCUCCGGCAUCCUGAGGCGGCUUCUUUGCACCGGCAACCUUCCCACUCACCCAUCUGAAGCUCUACACGAAUCACAAUUUGAUAUACCAAAGACAGAGGCCAAACUCGCGGCUCAAUCGGCCGAGUCCACACCCGGCGUGGUGGCUCGACUGAUGGGCUUGAGUUCGCUACCAGACGCCAAUUGGGUCCCGAACCACCAAGUCAGACCAGGUGCAGUCUCGCGCAGCAAGUCCGUGAAUUUCGCUGAUUAUUUGCUUGAUUUCGACUCUAACCAAUCCCACCACCGCCGAAUCCGAACUUCCGCUUCGUUCCGCGAGGUCCCACCAUUGAACCCACACAAUGAUUUCUUUGUUCUAUACACUAAGGAUUGUUUCAAUGGUUAUGGGAUUGAAUCCAAUUUGAAGAAACCCGAAACGCAGCGUUUUGACGAAGGAAAACAGAGUAGUAAUGAUUUGAAGAAGAAGAAGAAGAAGAAAGAAAAUGCGAGGAACGAAAUGAAGAUUUCGAAGCUUAAAGAUGAGCCAAGAAGGGUAAGUAGAAAGAACUUCACUGAGAGCAAAAAAUGCAGCAUGGGUAAAGACUCGUUCUCUGUUUUACCUUCAUGUAAACACAAAUGCAAACGGAGUAUCCCUAGAAAUGAGAGUGCUGUUAUUCAGAAGAAGCCCACAAAGCAAAAGGAAGCCACCAUUAGAACAGAGCUCAACAAGAAAAAGAAGAAGAAUGUUCGACAUGUCGAACGGAAACCCGACCUCGAACUCGACUCGGAAAAUUCCAGCCCAGUUUCGGUUCUUGAUGUCGGCAGAAUCGAAUUCUCAGAUGAGAGGCAAAUUGGUGGGAAGAACCGAGUUUACGAUUACGGAGAAUUGGUGGAAAGAAUAUGCAGAUUGGCAGAGGAAGACAUAAGAGAGGCAAAAUGGACGGCUGAGAUUAAGAAUGCGGAUAAAUCUGAAGCGUUGGAAGAAAUAUGCAUGGAGAUUGAACGACAUGUCGUCGAUGCCUUGUUAGUUCACACUCUAAAUGAGUUUGCAAACUUGUAGGCUAUUAUUGAGAUGCAACUUCUUAAUUAAGAGAAAAAAGAAAAACAUCUUAAUCAUGUACAUUAGCUCAAUAGAGGUCUCCUUUUUAGGAUUCAAAGUUAAGUUUUCUUUUCUUUUUUUUCUUUGUAGAAAAGUUAUUUCGAUUUCUGGAUGUAUGAUUGACUUAAGUCAAUGAUUCGAGUUUAUGUUAAUUUAAUAAAUUAAGCAAAAUUUGGACCCAC